CGCUUUAAAGUCAAAUGUUAAAUACUAUUUUGCGUGUUUUCCACUAUUAGCGUACAUUUUCUGAACGGUUCUUAUUUUCCGACCAAAAUCUCCGAUCUCCGGCCAUCAUCGCCGCCGUAAAUAUCUAAUUUCCGUUAGCAUAUCAUAUGCUUGCAAUAACUAAGGGGUUGUUUGGCAACUUCUGAAUAUGAGACAAACAAGGUAUGGAGGGUAGUGUUAUAGCACUAACAGAGAAUGUGGCGAUGCCACUUCGUGAAGUACGAAGUGCUGUAAGAAUGGUGAAAAAGGAAGCAGUUGAAGAUAUCAACCCUCUUAUCAUCACUCAAGCAUCAUUACUAAGUUCUUUGCCAAUGGGCUCGUCAUCUGUGGAUUUAAUCAUAUCCAUGGGUAGAUCACAAGAUUUCCCGGGUGACAAGUUGUUUAAGGAAUUUUCACGGGUGUUGAAGCCUGGUGGAGAACUGUUUGUUCAUCAAACAACCAAUGCUGCCAAAGAUAAUGCAUCGUCCUCCCUUGAACGCGAGCUAUUAGUUGCAGGUUUUUCAGAUAUUGAGGUGGUUCGGAUGGAAGGUGUGCAGUCUUUUGGGGUUAAGGGAAAGAAACCUUCUUGGAAAAUCGGUUCAUCGUUUUCUCUUAAGAAACCUGUGAAAACCCUACCAAAAAUCCAGGUUGUCGAUGAAAUGGAUCUUAUUGACGAAGAUAGUCUUUUAUCCGAAGAGGAUUUGAAGAAGCCUGUGGUCCCACCUGUUGGAGAUUGUGAAGUUGGAAGCACAAGGAAAGCAUGCAAGAACUGUGUUUGUGGACGGGCUGAAGAAGAAGCGAAAGUACAAAAGUUGGGAGUUACCAUGGACCAGCUUGAAAACCCGCAGUCAGCCUGUGGCAGUUGUGGAUUAGGUGAUGCAUUUAGAUGCAGUACAUGCCCUUACAAGGGUCUUCCUCCUUUCAAGCUGGGCCAGAAGGUGACAUUAUCCGAAAAUUUUCUUGCUGCCGACCUUUAAGGACCAAAAGAAAGAAGACAUACUCAAGAUCACAUGUGAGUUUUAGUGACUGUUUUUGCGUUGUAAGAAACAAACCUCCCGUCAUCGAGUAAAGUCAGUAACCUCGCCUUUUAGUUUUACAUGGUCUUGAUCAAAACUUUGUAUGGAAUAUACGUGGAAGCAAAUAAAGUAACAAAGUAACUCGUUACGCUUAGUUUAUGAUCUAUACACACAUCUUUCUCA